AUGCUACUCCACCAACUUCGACAGGGAGAAAAGAGACAAAAUCAACCACUUCGAGUGCUCCUCUACCUAACAACAACUCUCCUACUGGCUGGGGAUAUCCAGCCAAACCCAGGACCUCACCUGAUCGACGAUGGCGGACUGACUCCCACCACUGCACUGAAUGCACAACUUAAUCUUGCUGAUUCGGCACCGUGCGCGAGUGGCUGCCAUGUGGGUUCCUACGGAGGCCACCAUCAGAUGCGGGGAGUCGGCGGCGGAGGAGAGGGAGCUGAUAUGUCCAUACCGUCACUGCUGCAGGUGCAAAGUGCACUCAAUCUAGUCCAUGGGUCCGGGGCUUCUGUGGCGGUGUGCAACGGGGGACGCCUGCUGUGUUUACAAACAGCCGUGGCUACGCUUGGUGUGGCGCAUUCAUCACCACUGGAGGAACCAGGAGUACAGGCGGCUCUAUCUACAACUGCGGCCGUGGAGGUGAUCAGCGCUGGCAAGGGAGUGGGGCGCUUGUCUCCGCAGUCAACCGGCGGUUGUGGGAAUUCCAUCGAGACAUCGGCGGCUGAGGCGGAGGUGAUCGACGGCAUGGGAGUGGGGCACCCAUCUCCACAAUUAGCAGGUGGUGGUGGUGUUCCCGUGACAUUGAUGACGGAGGUAAUCGCCAGCAUGAGACAUGUUUCCAUACAGACCAGCGGUGGUGGUGGGUACCAAACAACCCCUGCGACAUCCUCUGAGCACCCCACGAAACAAAAACUUAAAGGACUUAAUCCAGCAAUCAAGAAGUACAGCAAAACGAAAAUCUUCAAAACAUUCAAUCAUGCAAAAAUAAUCUGGGACCCAAAGCCCAAACCAAGAGGACUGUUGGGUGGACAUUUGAAUAUCCGUAGAGCCCAUGCAAAGCAAACUCAACUUGAACACCUGCUAUCUUACUCUAACCUGGACUUCCUGGGCCUUUCAGAAACAUGGCUAAAGUCAAAAUCAUCAGAAGCAGCCAUUAAUUGUCCUGGACUCAGUGGAGGAGCUGGCUCAGAGCUUCUCCACCAGAACCUGGACAUGUACUACGAGUCAGGAGGACAAGCCCAUAUUUAG